AUGGUAUUUUUGAUGAAAAACAAAUCUGAAACUCUUAAUAUUUUGAUGGAGUAUGUUGAAGAAGCUGAAGCAAAAUGGUCACUUCGAGUAGCAAAAAUUCGUUGCGACAAAGGUGGAGAAUACAAAUCAAAUGAAAUGAAAAUAUGGUGCAAGUCAAAGGGUCUGAAAAAAGAAAUGUGGGGUGAAGCAUUGAGAACAGCAGCUUAUAUUAUAAAUCGUAGUCCUACUGAAGCUACUGAUGUUACACCAGCUGAAAUGUGUAAUAAUGAUGAUGAUGAGGAUGACGAUGACGUUUUUGAUGAUGAUGACGAUGACGUUUAUGAUGAAGAUGAUGACGACGAUGAUAAUGAUGAAAAUAAAUAUAAUAAUUUCGAAUUUGUUUUUACUCAUUAA